AUGGUUGCCAGCAAAACUGGUGUCAUUGCACUCGUUGCGCCACAUGAUGCAAUCGAAUACUCUGGUACGAAGUCAGAGCGCAACACUUACAAACCAUCACCGCAAUCUCGUGCACAAAACCCUCCGAACUCGGACUUUUCUUCUCAUCUUUCUUCAACGCCAAACCAUCUCCAAAACCAAAACCGCACCAACAUCAGCAUCAACACACCACAAAGAAAAACACCCUCAUCUCAACUCAAGAUGCCGCCUUCAUCCCCAAAGCCCUCGUCCCCUAUUCCUACCGGCCGCAACCGCGCUCGCACUCUCGACCACUACCCUCGUCAUCAUCCUCCUUCGGCACGUCAGCUCUUUCUCGAUGGCCCUCGCUUCUACCCUCUGCAGUCUCACGUCGACUCCGUGCCUCUCGUUCCUGAUCCUUCGGAACCACUCCCCGAGAGCUCCUCGCGAGAAAACAACACUAAGGAUCCCCUACAAACCAUCGACUCCAUGCGUCUCCAAGUCGUCCGUGACAAGGAUGGAAACACGCUUGGUUUGAAGGUCAUUGAUAUCAACAACACCUACGGCAAGGAAGCUAAUGUCAGCGCUCCCCUUCCACUUGCUCGCACCAACACUGGCCUUGUUUUUAGUGUGCAAACUCGCGAAGCUAUUGGAGCUGUGUAUUCCCGUGCAGCACACAUCACCGGCUCCGAAAGGAUCAUGGGUAUCAUGUUUGCACCUCCCAACGAGCCCGGUUUUAUUCAAGAUGCCGACUGGUCCUUCUUGGGUACCCCUGAUGCAAAGACAGAGAAGGAAGGUCCUGCCGAGACAGGGAACGACAGUAUUGAGGCGGCGGAGGCGAAGACACAACCUGUUGAUAUAUCUGAAUGGCUCAAGGAUGUUAAACUGGUCAAGGAUGUUAAGCUGGAUAACUAG